CAGGUUUUAACUAAGCACAUGAUGAUUCACACUGGUGAAAAGCCGUUUUCAUGUGUGACCUGUGGAAAAAGUUUUAAUCAAAAACAGGUUUUAACUAAGCACAUGAUGAUUCACACUGGUGAAAAGCCGUUUUCAUGUGUGACCUGUGGAAAAAGUUUUAGUCGAAAACUUAGUUUAACUCAGCACAUGAUGAUUCACACUGGUGAAAAGCCGUUUUCAUGUGUGAACUGUGGAAAAAGUUUUAGUCGAAAACUUAGUUUAACUCAGCACAUGAUGAUUCACACUGGUGAAAAGCCGUUUUCAUGUGUGAACUGUGGAAAAAGUUUUAGUCGAAAACUUAGUUUAACUGAGCACAUGAUGAUUCACACUGGUGAAAAGCCGUUUUCAUGUGUGAAUUGUGGAAAAGGUUUUUGUCAAAAACAGCAUUUUACUCGGCACAUGAUGAUUCACACUGGUGAAAAGCCGUUUUCAUGUGUGACCUGUGGAAAAGGUUUUAGUCACAAAGAGCAUUUAACUCAGCACAUGAUGAUUCACACUGGUGAAAAGCCGUUUUCAUGUGUGAAAUGU